UGGACAGACAACCUGAAAACGAUCUGCUGUUAACAGGGAUUCAUUUAGAAAACUACUCUGCUUUUGUACUCAGAUUGGUCCAACUGAAUUUUCAAAAGAAGCUGAAAUGAGAAUAGAUGAUUCGAAUAUUGUGCUGAUGGGUAAAACUGGAGCAGGAAAGAGUGCAUCAGGAAACACCAUCCUGGGCAGAGAUCAGUUUGAAGUGAAUUUGUCUCCAUCAGCUGUGACCAGGAUCUGUAAGGCAGCACGUACACAAGUGGAUGGACCAAAAAUCACUGUGAUCGACACAAUAGGACUCUCUGAUAAAUCAAUAAAGACUUCAGAUUCACAAAGUAAAAUACAGCAGAUAUUUGAUUGUACAGAUUGUGGUAUUGAUGUGUUUCUGCUGGUGAUCAAAUUGAGUAAACUAAUCACAGAGGAGGACAUAAACAUUGUGAAAUGGAUCAAAUAUAACUUUGGAGAAAAAACCUCAGAAUACACAUUAGUGCUGUUUACUCAUGGAGAUGAAUUACAGGAGCCAGUUGAGGAAUAUCUGAGUCAGCUCAAAUCACUGAGGUCAGUAGUUGAUCAGUGUUUAGGAGGAUAUCAUGUUUUUAAUAACAAAGAUGAAGAUCGAUCUCAAGUCACUGAACUUCUGAAAAAGAUUGAGUUACUGAAGAUGAAGAAUGUAAACAGGAGAUACACUGAACAGGACUAUAAUGAGACUCAAGAUAAAAUCCUACAUGAAAAAUGUAGUACAGGAGCAGCAGCUGGAGGAGGUGUGGGAGCAGUAGAAUUAACUGAAGGAAGUGCAGCAGCAAUAAGAGCAAUCGGAGGAGCGGUUGUUGCAACAGCAGUUGGUGUAGGAGUGUAUUUUUUUUUCAAGAAAAUACAAAGCUAAUAAUAAUAAAAAUGACUGAACUGCCCUAAUACAUCAUGUUACAUCAGGGAAACUGGGGCUAGUUGUCAAAGGGGCAAUUUCACAAGUUUUCACUGGACUCUGUACUCUACAUUUUGUCAAAUACUUUUCUCCUGCAGCAGUUUUGCCACAAAAGGAAAUUUGUAUGCCAAC